UUGAUCCCUAUCAUAGCCUUCUAAGCAUUUAUUCGCUUUAAUUCGUUAAACAGUCGAUGACUAUUGACAAGAAAUUUGUUUAGAAAUAAGAAAUAAAAAAUAGCGUCGUUCUGUUACGUUAACAAUCGGUCGCGCAUGAGAAUCCAGCUUUCGCAGUGUCGAUUCGGAGUAUUCGAAGUGGAAAUCGAGUGCCCAGGGGUUAACAAUGAGUGACGGAAAGGAGAAUGAUGUGUCCUGGGCAUUGAAAAUUCUGGAAAGAGAGCCUGAGUACGUCGAAUCAGUGUGGACCAGGUACUUUCAUCAAGGAUGGUGCACGAUGUUCGGAGUUCUGGUACCCGUCACUGGGAAUUUUAUGUACAGAAGACCCCUUUGGGCAGGAAUUCAAACUCACAUCGCCCUGGGCAUAAUUGGUUUGGGAGUUGGAACGUAUCUGAGAAAACGUGAAAUAGAGUCCUGUGGUAGAAGGGAUGCUCUGUUGAGAGACUACAUCAUUCGUCACCCUGAAGAUUUCCCACCACCAAAUAUUAAGAAAUGGGGCGAAGUACUCGUCGAUUGGGUCCCCAUGCGUUAGAUCAACUGUAAAUUUUUUUAUUAGAAUAUUAUCAUUAAUGAAAUAUCCAGCUCUGUACAUUUGACUCUGCGAAUGAAUAGACAGAAAGAUCCCCUGUAAAUGAAGCCAGAGAAAAUACAAUGUUAUUCGAACCACA